UAAAUGGGAAAAACGAGAACAUGACUCAAAACAACAUCUUGAAGUGAGGUAAAGAUGGUGAGAAAAGCGCUGAUUGAUGACAGGUGAUGUCAAGACGAGAGAAGAGGCCCGUCGUCGUUGUCGACGGCUCAUGCGUUGGACGUGGUGGAGGGUAUGAAGGGGACUGCAGCGUCCACUGCGUGGACCGACGGCCUGUGCUUGUGAAAGCGCGAGCGAUUUUUGUCCAUGCCUCGCCGUUCCAGUCGUGGCUGCGACCGCUCCUCUCGGCGACGCGACAGUUUGUUCAACCAAUACUGACUUCAUCAACACGAAAUUGUCCGAUCAUUAUUUACAAAGCUCCUCGACAUGCAUCCCUGCGGUAAUGCUAGACAGCGGCGACGUAUACCUCUUUGAUCUUCCUUGCCCGUAUCCUUGACACCACUGGCCGCGGACUCGAUCGUGACGUGACGAAAAGAUACACCAGCGCACUCAAGGCCAGCGCUGUGCUGCCACCCGCCACAUUGUUGGCGUAGCGGAUCCACUCGACAAACAGAGUCGGCCUGCACCGUUGGUACGGCGCGUCCACCUUCACCGUGACGUUUGUGGUGUUGCCAAUGAGGUGGCCAAGGCAGAACGCGUCCGUGUCGGAAGCCAUGGGGCAAUGCGUGUGCACCCAGUCGAAGGAAGCUGCAGUCGCGGGGUGUACGGAAGGAAUCGCCGAGCAUAUGGACACUGAGGUAUUCGUGGACUGGAUGAGCGCCGCCAGCGAGGGGUCAGUGGAUGCGGCGCAGACCCGUGUGGGGCAAUGCGCUUGAUGGAAUGUACUGGCAACGUUAGCUUCCUCGAUGUCAAAGGGAAACGCCGCCGAGGACCAAUUCUUUGCUGCAAGUGACGAUCGGAAACCCAUGGCUGCCAGAACACACGCAAACACGACAAACAUGCAGACAAACGUCAUGGCCCAGUUAUUCGUGGUAGGAAGGUGCCGACGAAGGCACGCCACGAGUACACCCGUGCAUGUGGUCACGAUCGCGUACGCGAGAAACGAAUCGGACGACGACGCAGUCGCAACAUCAAAAAUGUCUGUCCACUUGGUUCGACUCAACGUGCCGCCGAUGGCCACGGCCGCGUACAUGAGGAAGGCGGUCGCCCCCACGUAGAGCAGCCCCACGACGGCAAGGCCAACCUGCUUCGCCUCUGCCAUCCGCAUCGAACCAAUUCCAAAAUGCCACCAAGUAGUCG